AUGGCCGAACCCCAGAUUUACAAGUCGAAAUCUCAAAAUGUCCUCAUCCCCACCAACGAAUCUAUAUGGCAGCAUAUCCUGAGCAAGAACCUUGAGGAUACCCCUGCUGAUAAAGUCCUUGUGGAAGAAUAUGGCAGGAAAGACAUGUCUCUAACUUAUGGGUCCGCCCCCCGCAUCGCUGCCCUCGGGGCCGCUGGACUUCGCGAUGUCCUAGGUCUCAAGGCGGGGGAUAAGAUUCUCGUGAUUGGGGCCAACACGAUGGAGUUUGUCCUGAUCGAAUUCGCUGCCUAUUGGGCGGGAUACACGGCCGCUCUUGUGAAUCCCAUAGCCACUCCCUACGAGCUUGUGCAUUAUAUCUCAGUCAUCGACCCAGUUGCCAUCUUUGCCGACUCUGGAGCCACAUACAAGAACGUAAUCCGCUCUUUCGAAUUAUCUAAGGUGCCUACAGAGAAGCAGCCUCCCGUAAUCGAGAUGGGAGCCCGCGUCGAAGCUAAGUAUGCUUACAACUUCCACCACUACGUCCAGGCCUGUGCCAAGAUCAAGGCAACUAUGCUUCGAAUGGUCCCUCAGACCGCAGUUGCCUUGGUUAAGGAUCCGACCGUGUCAAAGCAUGAUCUGAGUAGCGUCCACACCAUAGUAUGCGCCGGCGCAGUACUUCCACCAGAGAUCAUUACAGAGUUGCAAAAGAUGAUGAAAGGCGUCGUUCUCAGCCAGGGAUAUGGAAUGACAGAAGCUGGGGGCACAACAAUUCCUCGGGCUACUGCCUCUAGCAAAGCCGGAAGCGUGGGGAGACUUCUUGCUAAUACGGAGAUGCGAUUCGUGGAUGAUGAGUUGAAGGACGUGAAGCGCGGCGAAACCGGGGAGAUUUUGAUGCGCACGCCCUCCGCAUUUAUGUACUACAUUAACAACAAGGAGGAAACUGCGGAGGCUCUUCUUCCCGGAGGGUGGGUGAGGACCGGGGACGUUGGUCGCAUCGAUGAGGAUGGAUACGUCUGGCUCACAGACCGCAAGAAGGACCUCAUCAAGUUCAAGGGAAACCAAGUUUCCCCGGCAGAACUUGAAAAUGUUCUUCUCUCCCAUCCCCUAGUGAGGGAGGCCGGGGUCUGCGCAAAGUGGGAUUCCGUUCAGGAGACAGAAGUCCCCGUCGGCUACAUCAACUUGCAGGCCAGUGUGAAAGAGGCCGACCGGGCUAAGGUGAUCAAAGAAAUUAUGGAUUUUGUCAAUGGGCGCGUGUCCAAGACCAAGCGUCUCAGAGGUGGCCUCUACUAUCUACAGACCUUUCCGAGGAGCAGUACUGGAAAGUUGCUGCGGAGGGCCUUGCCUGCCAGGCUCGAGGCAGAUCGUGCUGCCAGGUUGUAA